AUGCGCGAGCCCGGAAUUCGCCCCCGCGCACCCCCACCGCACCCCCCCGCGCCGCGCACCGAGGGCUCGGCUCAGCGCGCCAGCCACAGCUGCCCUCAGUUAUGGCGGACUCCUGCUUCCAGCUUCCCGCUCCAUAUUAGCUACCAGCUACUUUACUACUCGUACUCACACCAUACUACUCUACUGUCGCCGCGCCGCUCCGCGCCGCGCCGCCCGCCCAGCGCAGCCAGUGGAAGUGCAGCCGGGCCCCUGCUGAGUACGUCUCGCCGGUCCCCGCUGUCUCUCGAUCAAGGUAGGAGGGCCGCCGCCGCCGCCACCGCCAGCCAGCCAGCCAGCCAGCCGGCGCUUAUCGACUCGGCUGCCCGCCCGCGCGUCUCGCCCGGAGUCGACGUCGCUUGCCGCCAGCCAGCUGCUGCCAGCACAGGGGCACACAAACAAGCUCUCCGCGCAACAAGCACCGCCGACUUACCCGCCUAG